GAAAUUCAAUGCAUAAAUGAAAAUACGCUGUGUUAAUUUACAAAGAUUUAAUAUAAUAUGAAUUAAUAUAAUAUUAUUAGGUAAAACCUAAUAAUAAGCAUACAGAUUUUUACAUUGUUAAAAACAUUGUUAAAAAGUCAAUAAAAUGCCUACAAUAGCUAGCUCAUCUUUAACAUAUGAAAUUCUUAUGUAUUUAAACUCUUUUUAUUUUGGUAUGUUUGCUAUAUGUGAAUUGGGUAUGGGCUUCUUCAAAGCUGCGAAUCUACCUUCUGGCACAAGUACUACAUUUACAGAGUUUAUACUCUUAUUCUUCCUUAUAAUCACAGAAGGAUCCAGAAUUUACUUUGGAAGGAAAGGGAAUUUGACAGAACAUGGAUUACCAAUUCUUAUUGGAGUUAUUUUAACAGUACCCAGCUCCUUAGCAACAUUAUAUUUUUUAUUCUGGCAAAAUUAUGUACUCAAAUUAGAAGUAAUUCUUUGCAGCAUACAAUUGGUACUUUUAGCAUCUGAAUUAAUUAUUUCUAUUUCGUGUCUUAUAGCCAUUUAUAAACCUUCAUCUCCAGAAGAAUGAACAAUCAUAUUAAUAUUCAAGAAUUCAAUUACAUCGCAUUGUAUGUUUCUGUAUAUUAAUAAAAGUGAAAGUCAAUCUAA